AUGUUCACCUCAACUCCCAAAAAACCCACUUUCGAGUUGAAUGUCCUUCCUUCUCACACUCCUCUGCUUCCUCCUCUUUCGGCAAUCUUCGACGACAAGUCUACACUCUAUAAAUCGAAAUUGCCAACCAUUCAGGAUAUUUUGGCUACUCAGUCUGCUCGUACCAUCCAUCCUCCUCCUGCCCUCCAUUCGUCUGCCAGUACUCCAAGCCUUAACUCGUACUCUUUGACUUCCAACACGCUGGAGAGACCGCUGACUUUGCGUCCAUCACUCUCAUUUCCGGUCGUUCCCACAAUGGUCCACCAGACCCAAUUGCCAAUGACUCAAUUGGACAAGAAAGAGGCCGUCAAACGGUCCGCGUCUGCAGUCACGGCUGCUGAACACGAUACUCCGUUCUCGGAAUCCGCCGCAAAAAUCGCAUCGAAAAUCAAGUCCACCUCUUCUCCUACAAAAGACUUUGCAUUCAUCAGCCACUCCCCUGCUACUUUCCCCUCGCAGGAGCCAACCAUCGAUAAUGCAUCCUUGGCUAGAAGAAAAAGAAGACGCACUUCCCCCAACGAGCUUGCCAUCUUGAACCAGGAGUUCCACUUGAUUUCUACCCCUGGAAAGGCCAAACGUCUUGAGAUCUCCAAAAGAGUGAACAUGACCGAAAAGGCUGUUCAAAUCUGGUUCCAGAACAAGAGACAGUCCAUCCGUAGACUCCGCGCUUGUGAGAAGGAGGUCACAGAGCUCCCACCCACCCCUGAUACAACCAUCAACAGCUCGUACACUUCCGAGUCGGCUGGCGAAACCUCUCGCGACAUGAACCACACCAUCUUACCUUCUCCAGACUCGCCUCUCGUCAGACCCGCACAAACAACUCUGUCGCCACUCCGAUCAGACUCUUCCGAUGACAUCGAGGUGAAAAUCGAAGCUGUGGAAAACACCUCUCCAACACGUAAGGUCGAGGUGAAAUUCGAGGGAUAUGACAGAAAGCCAUCUUUCAGACUUCCGCUUGAUAAAGAGAUCUUCCUGACUCCCGAGAAAAAGCCCGCCGAAAGAAGACCCUUGGCUUCAAUCAACACGAACACCUUGAUUUCUCCAAAGGCUCGUAGUGCCAAUGAUGCCCAAUGCAUCCAGGGCCUUCUCUCUUUACGCACAGCAGCACACUAG